AUAUUCAGUGCGGUAAAAAAAAAAAAAAAAUAAAAAAAAUACACAACAAACACCUGCUAUAUCGUUGUGCACCAGCUGUGUUUAUUAGCACAGUGGUGGACCAAUUAAAAAAUAUUCAUGUUAACUACAAAAAUGACAAAUUUACGUAAAUUUAUUGAUAUUGGGGCAAAUUUAUUAGACCCUAUGUAUCAAGGAAUUUAUCAUGGUACACAAAAACAUCAAGCUGAUUUAGAUGUUGUACUUAAAAGAAGUUGGGAUAAUAAUUUGUCAAGAAUAAUAAUAACUGCUGGUAGUCUUGAUGAAAGUAGACAAGCACUGGUGCUUGCUAGAACAGAUUCUAGAUUAUUUACAACAGUUGGUGUUCAUCCAACAAGAUGUAAUAUUUUUGAAGAAUCUGGUGAUCCAGAUAAUUAUUUAAAAUCAAUGACAGAAUUAGCACUUGCAAAUCGUGAUAAAAUAAUUGCAAUUGGUGAAAUGGGACUUGAUUAUGAUCGUCUUAAUUUUUGUUCAAAAGAUACACAAAAAAAAUUCUUUGAAAUGCAAUUAUCAUUGUGUUCAACUUUAAAAUUACCCAUGUUUUUACAUUGUCGUAAUGCAUCAGAUGAUUUUAUAAAUAUACUAAGAAAACAUAAGGAUCAAUUGACUGAAGGUGUUGUACAUUCAUUUGAUGGUAAUCCAGAAGAAGCUAAUAGUAUUUUACAAUUGGGUCUUUACAUUGGCAUAAAUGGAUGCUCAUUAAAAACAGAGGAUAAUUUAUUUUCAUUGACAACAAUACCAGCUGAUAGACUUAUGAUUGAAACUGAUUGUCCAUGGUGUGAAAUAAGACCAACUCAUGCUGCAGCCAAAGAUGUUAUCACCAAUUUUCCAACAGUUAAAAAAGAAAAAUGGCAAAUUGAUAAAUUAGUUAAAGGAAGAAAUGAACCAUGUACUAUUGUUCAAAUUCUUGAGAUAUUGGCAAGAAUUAGAGAUGAAGAAGAAGAAUUUCUUUGUAACCAAAUAUACAAAAACUCCAUGAAGGUCUUCUUUCCUGAUGAUUUGUAACGUUGUUUUUAUUUUUUUUUUUUUUGUUUUGUAAUUUUCAUUUACAUUAUGCUACAUUUAUUAAUUAAGUCUUGAAAAACAAAAAAAAAAAAAAAACGUAAUCAUUUAUAUGGAAUUGAUAUUUAAUUUACAAUUUAUUUUAAUAUUUAAAAAAAAAAAUUUCAAGUUAUUUUAUCUUGAAAUUUCAAUCGUCUUUUAAUUUAAUAAUGUUUGUGAAUAUUUAUUGCUCUAAAAAAAAAACAUGAAAGUUUGACAUGUACUCUCUCUCUUCCUUCUGCUUUAUAUUUUUUCUAAUUUAUAAAUUGCGAUAAAGUUUAAGAAAUAUGUGGAGUAAGUUUUUACUGACAUCAAUAAAUACCAUUGAAAAAAAAAGUCAAAUAUUCAAAUUUUUUUUGGAUUAAAUAACCAGUGUUUUUUUAAAAAAAAAAAAAAGUUUAUAAAAAAUGUACUUUUAUUAUAGCUUUAUAUACUUGAACAAUGAUUUUUUUUUUAGCCCUCGAAACACAUUCUUUAAGAAUAUACAAAUUUGCUUAGAAAAAAAAAAAAAAAAAGAAAACAAGUUUACUUGCAAUAAAGUUUGUGACUCGUUCAGUCGUGUCCUCACUCAACAAUUCUAGACAAUACUAUCAAAGAAAAAUAUAAAAAAAAAAAAAAACAAUGGAAUUAUUUAAAAUAAUAAAUUAAUUAUGAAAAUGUCUUUUUUUUUUAAUUAAUUUUGAUAUAACUUGUUUUUUAAAAACGAGUUUUCUUGAUUCGACUUUGGUCUUUUUUCUAAAAUUAUUUUUAUUCGAAAUUAACUCGAUGUUAUUUUAGAGUUGUGAGAUAUUUCAAAAAUAAUAAUAAUACAUUUUCAUUUGUAAAUUAUCACAGGUUUAAUGGCCACCACAA